AUGCCUCCUCAAGAAGAGAAAAUUUCAACCACCACCAGACAAAGUCACGAAGAGAAUAUAAGCGAGAAAACCAGACGAGACUACUCGGCCGCUUCUGUAGCUCACCUCGCUCCACACAUCCAAGAGUACAUUCUUGAAAAGGCUGCGCUCUGCCAGCCCGACGACAUCUACGUCUGCAACGGCUCCGAAGCUGAAAAAGAAAAGAUCAUCAACACCCUGCUCAAGGAGAAGCUGAUCAAGCCGAUCCCCAAGCUUGAAAACUGCUAUUUGGCCAAGACUGAUCCAAAGGACGUCGCCCGGGUUGAAAGCAAAACCGUCAUCUCCACUGAAAACGAACGAGAGACCAUUCCAAUCCCUCAAGAAGGCGUCGAAGGAAAACUCGGAAAAUGGAUGGCUCCCGGAGACCUUCAGGCUGCCAUUCAAGAUCGAUUCCCUGGAUGCAUGAAGGGUCGAACUAUGUACGUCAUUCCUUUCUCCAUGGGUCCAAUUGGAGGUUCCAUCUCAAAGUACGGCAUUGAACUGACCGAUUCUCCUUACGUUGUCGCGUCGAUGGGAAUCAUGACUCGAGUGAACGAAAGUGUCUUGGAAGAAAUCGGCAGCGGCGAAUUCGUCAAGUGUCUCCACUCUGUUCUCGUCACACACAUUCCAAAGGACAGAGAGAUCAUCUCCUUCGGAUCUGGAUACGGUGGAAACUCUCUUCUCGGCAAGAAAUGCUUCGCUCUCCGAAUUGGUUCUACCAUUGCUCGUGAUGAAGGAUGGCUCGCCGAGCAUAUGCUCAUUCUCGGAAUCACCAACCCGCAGGGUGAGAAGAAAUACAUCGCUGCUGCCUUCCCAAGUGCCUGUGGAAAGACAAAUCUUGCGAUGAUGGCUCCAACCAUUCCCGGCUGGAAGGUUGAGUGCGUUGGUGAUGAUAUCGCCUGGAUGAAAUUCGACAAAGACGGAAAACUUAGAGCUAUCAAUCCAGAAAACGGUUUCUUCGGUGUUGCUCCCGGAACUUCAAACCAUACCAAUCCCAACGCCAUGACCUGCAUGGAGAAAAACACAGUCUACACAAACGUCGCCGAGACUUCUGACGGAAAUGUCUGGUGGGAAGGAAUCGGACACGAUCCAACCGGUGAUGUUAUUGACUGGAAAAACCAGCCAUGGACGAAGGAGUCUGGAACACCCGCUGCUCAUCCUAACUCGCGAUUCUGUGCUCCAGCUGGACAAUGUCCAACUAUUGAUCCUCAGUGGGAGUCCGCUGAAGGUGUGCCAAUCGAGGCCAUCGUGUUCGGCGGCCGACGACCAGAGGGAGUUCCACUCGUUUACGAAGCUAACUCCUGGGAGCAUGGUGUCUUCCUCGGUGCUGCUAUGCGAUCAGAAGCCACUGCCGCUGCUGAAUUCAAGGGCAAGGCGAUUAUGAACGAUCCUUUUGCUAUGCGACCAUUCUUUGGAUACAACUUCGGCCACUAUCUUCAACACUGGCUCGAUGUUAAUCAAGAGGGACGACAAAUGCCUAAAAUCUUCAAUGUCAACUGGUUCAGAAAGAAUGAGAAUGGUUUUAUCUGGCCAGGAUUUGGCGAAAACUCGCGAGUCCUCGAAUGGAUCAUUCGACGAUGCAGCGGUGAAGACAUUGCCCAGGACAGCAUCGUCGGCAAAAUCCCCAAACCAGGUUCUCUCAACAUGGAAGGUUGCGACGGAGUCGAUCUCGACGCUUGCUUCGAGCUGAGCAGUGAUUUCUGGAAACAGGAAGCCGCAGAAGUGAGGCAAUACCUCGAACAGCAGGUCGGCGAAGAUUGCCCUGCCGAGAUUUAUGCCCAAUGUGACGAUCUUGCUAAGCGUGCAAGCCAGUAA